AGCCUUAGUCGAUAUGCACUGUGUAUCGUUCUGUAUCGGGGCUUAAGACCUACUACACUGGCACUGGCUUGCGCGCACACAAGGGCACAGCCAGUCGGUGCCCGUCUGUCGAUAACGUCGCCCACAUUUCCUUUCGUUCUCGACGGCCAUCAGUUGGAUAAUCCUUUUAUUUUGGUGCUAAAAUCCAAUUAGUAUUUUUGACCCGUCUCUUUUGUCUAUUUUGAUUGUGGCAUCAUGUUUGACCAUUGUCGGCCCGCUGUCAACAAUUGCGUAUAGCCUGAGCACGCUACGUUCAGACUUUGGUUCAGUAUAACCGCUGAUCGGUAUAGGAGGCGGGGGGCCCUUAUCCUUGUUCAAGAUGGGCGACCAGCCGAUUUCUGGCCAAGACGAAGACAUUUUCCUAGAGAACGGACGAUUGAGCUACGAGAAUCCAAACUACCAGCUUCACUUGAACGCUGUCCGUCUGGAAGACGCUCUCAAUUCGAACACGGAACACUAUAAUCUCAACUCUGCCCUGCUCGGCUACAGCAUGGACGUCCUCUCUCCACAACUCUCCAACAUGGAUCUCGGCAUGGAACUCGAAUUGGCCCGGACUGGUUCUAGCACCAGUUUGAGUGGCGGAAAUGCCACCCGUCAAAGACGACACUACGCUUCGCUUGAUCCCAUGUCCAUGGGCGUUGACGUCCAAGUGGGUCCGGUGAUGAAUCUCGGCAGUCCAGAUUUUGACAACAAUAGGGGCGUGUUGGACAAUUAUGGCACUUCUGUCGAUAUUGAACAGCGCAAGUCUGCAAUGGAAAGACAAUGCACUGAUAGCAGCAGCGUCGAUACGGGCUCUCCGUCUGCGUCGGAGAGUAGCUGCCCUACAGCCACUGGCUGCGAUAGUGAGCCAGAAAGAAAUGAAGAUCAACUGCCACCCGGCUGGGAAAAACACGAAGAUGACGAUGGGCCCUAUUAUUGGCACAUCAAAAGCGGAACUAUUCAACGUGAACCUCCUGAGAACAAAGAUUCAUCUAGCCAACCAGCGAUGAAUUUUCAACGCCAAAUCGUGCGCGAAGCUGAGGCUAUUAGUGCCAGCUUCACUCCAGUGGUUCCCAGGAGCACCACUAGCUUUACCCUCUCCGACUUGGACAGCAUCCGCUCCAAAGAGGAUAUGGCCUUCAAUCUUAAUCUUCACGAUAGAAGGCGAAGUUUUCCCGUAUCGCUCGGCUCCGGUGUUUCUGCAGAAUCGCGGAAUUCUGCGCCAAAAUCGCCAGCUAUUCGAUUUUCUGUCCGCUCGUUGGGUUGGGUUGAAAUAGCUGAAGAAGAUCUCACCCCUGAGCGCAGUUCGAAAGCCGUCAACCGUUGCAUUGUCGAUUUGAGCUUGGGCCGUCAUGACUUGCUCGAUGUGGUCGGCCGUUGGGGAGAUGGCAAGGAUUUAUUCAUGGAUCUCGAUGAAGGUUCGCUAAAGCUAAUUGAUACGGAGAAUUUCGCUGUUCUGAAUAGUCAGCCCAUACACACUAUCCGCGUCUGGGGUGUCGGUCGUGACAACGGACGGGAUUUCGCUUACGUCGCCCGCGACCGCGUGACACGAAGGCACAUGUGCCACGUCUUCCGCUGCGACACGCCGGCCCGCACCAUUGCCAACACACUCAGGGACAUCUGCAAAAAGAUCAUGAUCGAGCGCAACUUGCAGCACGGAUUCGCUAAAUCUGCCGACAACGGUGCUAACGUGGUUGCUAACACACUUGGAUGUAGCCCUCUUCCUGCAUCUCGUAGCCGGCCAAGCAACUUGCCAUCAGAACAACGGCGCCAUACCAGCAAAAUCGGACAGAUAUUGUUGUCGAGCCAGAGUUUCCCUACACCAAUGGAAGAACCGCGUAAGGUGCUAAAAGCGCAGUACAUUGGCAGCCUUCAAGUGCGCCGUCCCAGCGGUAUGGAUACGCUGAACGACGCCAUCGAUCAAAUGGCAAGCCAAGUACCAGCCGACCAAUGGCGAGACGUCAAUGUGGCCGUCGCACCUUCAGUAGUUACCAUCACCGAUGCAGAGGACGACGAAAAGAUCAUCGUGGAAUCGCGUGUCCGAUUCCUCUCGUUUCUGGGCAUCGGCCGCCAGGUGGAGAAUUGCGGUUUCAUCGUCCAUACGGCCAACGAUGUCUACAUCGCCCACGUUCUCUGCUGCCAUCCUUCGUCCGGCGCCAUCUGUAAGACAAUAGAAGCCGCUUGCAAGUUGCGUUAUCAGAAAUGCCUGGAUGCUCACGGUGCCCUUAGGGGACGGAUCACCAAUUCGUCGUCGACAGCCCAGACGCCGACGGGCCGCAGCUUGGAAUCACUGAGUGCUACUCUCAAGUCUGUCUUCGGUUCCAUUAGUCUUGGAUCAAAAAAGACGAACAAAACUACCGGCGAAUCGUGAAUGUUUUGCCUCCAGCGCCGAUUAAGUCUCCCUUUUUAUUAUAAUUUUUUUUUUCUUUCGUUCAGUGAACAAUAACGGUGCGAUAUGAACAAAAAAAACAGAUAGGACUCGUCUUUCGAGGAUCAUCAAGAGGGAUACUCUAAUAAAAGUUAAAGAAAAAUGGAUUACAUUUGCCCUAUUCAAAGAAAAGAAGAUAUAUCCGCCCCAUGCACUUAGUGUAUUUACGCUCUUCUCUCGUCUCACAAUCCCAAGCAUUGUUUCUUCGUCCAAUCUUCUUCGCUUUCGUAGAGGUUACCCUCAACUUGAAUUCUUUCUUUACCAGGUUAAAAGUGAAAGCUACCAGAACUUCGGUUUCUGUAUGAAGAGUGCAUACAGAUCUGUUUGAUUUUGCGUUCCGCCUGACGCCGAACCUCUUUUCAGGUUGAACUGUUCUCUCUCGUUUUUGAAAUUAUGUGCUGAUUUCUUGUCCCAGUUCAUUUUUUUUAUUGGCAUUUCUCUAUUGCUGGAUGUCAUACAUUAAAAAAAAUACAUUAUUUAGUGCCAUCGCCGAUGCGAACUUCUGCCCUCCUUUUUCUAGCAUCUCAACGUCGUGUAUUAGGAACCCAUCUAGUUUUGUUAACUAUUUUUGCCCGCACCAACUCUGUAAUCUCUAUACAUACAAUGUGCGACGCCUCAAGAUAUCAUCGUUAAUCCACGAGUGUUUCAAGAGCUAGACGGUUCGAUGAGUUAUGUUACCCGGUUCACACACAUUACACAUAAACACAAUAUCUUUUACUUGGUAUUAUAACAAAACGACCGUUACUGAUGUCACAUUAACAAUAAACAUUUGACGUUAAAAUGGA